AUGACCGGAAUUGAAAUCGUAGGACACAGAGCAUACAGAGGCCGGUAUCCGGAAAACACCCGCAUUGCGUUCGACAAAGCCGUCGAAGCGGGUGUGGAUGUCAUUGAAACCGACCUUCAGAUGUCUCACGAUGGCGUCGUUGUGGUGAACCACGACGUCGACACGGGUCGGAUGUGGAACCAAACGUUUGUCAUCAAGGACACGCCCUGGGAGCGGCUCUCGCAACUACACUGUAACGUUGAUGGGUACCAGGAUCAGAAAAUGUUGACGUUACGCGACGCACUUCAAUGGCUCAUGGAUAGACCCACGGUGAAACUGAUGCUGGAUAUCAAAUUCACCAACGAAAAGCUCAUUUUGCAAAAAACCCUGGCGGAAAUGAGACUACUGCAACCGGACCUUCAGUUUUGGCGCAGCCGCAUCAUCUGGGGGCUUUGGAAAGUCGACUGGUACCGGUACGCAGUGGAAACCGGCGUCAUUAAGGAUUUCGACGUUGUGUGUAUCUCGCUUUCCCUGCAGGUCGCACGCGCGUUUGUCGAUUACUCUGAGUCGCUCAAGACCCCGCAUUACAAGUUGCACGGCAUCAGCGUCCAUUACGUCUCUACGUGGUCCCACGAAUUCCAGAGCCAAUGGUUCCAGAUCAUCCAAAAUCACGGCAUCAAAGUCUAUGUCUGGACCAUCAACAAAGAAAGCGAUUUCAAGUACUGUGGAUCCCUACCCAUAUCCGGGUAUGUCACCGAUUUCCCGCAAAGGGCCAAAGCGUCACUAGCCAAAUACAAGAAACCAGGUAAACAAGUAUUCCAAAAGCCUGCCUGGAAUUCCAUAGAAGGUAUACGUUUUUACGUCUUUCUGGCCGCAUACAUUGGCGUCCAGAGCAUGGUUUUUUGGCCCUGGUCCCACGUUAAGAUCAUCGGACAAUGGUCUCUGUCGUAUGUGGUCCUCAGACUACUUAGAUGGAUACAUUUUUUGUAA